GGUUGCUCUAACUUCGAACGUCCUUUGCGAUCGGUUUCUCCUGUUCAGUGCUGUAGCUCCCUUGUGUGUGUGUGUGUGUGUGUUUGUGUGUUGCUUGAACUUAUCUUCUUUACGAUACCUCCGAAUAACGCCAUGGCUUCGAUCGCGCGCCAGUCUCCUCUGCUCCGGCAGUCCUGUUUGUCGGCUAUCCGGGCACCGCUUGUGAACCGCAACGCGGCGGGUGUGUCGCAGAUGGUUGCUUUCCACGCCUCUGCUAAGAAGCAGAUUCUGCCUCCUUUGCCUCAGUCUAUCCAGGGAACAGUCAACGAUCCCGCACCUGUUCCUCACACUUCACCUUCGCACGGUAGCUAUCACUGGUCUUUCGAGAGACUCGUCUGCGUUGGUCUUGUCCCCCUGACCAUCGCUCCCUUCGCCGCUGGCUCCCUUCACCCCGUUACCGACGCUGCUCUCUGCUCGCUCUUGGUCCUCCAUUCGCACAUUGGAUUCGAGGCAUCUAUCAUCGACUACUUCCCCAAGCAGCGCGUUCCCAAGACCCGGGCUCUUUGUAACUGGCUCCUGCGUCUUACCACCUUCACUACCGCUGUUGGAUUGUACGAGCUCGAGACAAACGACGUUGGUAUCACAGAGGGUCUUCGGAGAAUCUGGAAGGCAUAAACUGAUACCAUAGACAUUUGUUCUUUCGUUUCAUGUUUUAUUUCAUUGAGUCGGGUUUUUUCUUGUAUAUUCGUUGUAAAACUAUCCAACGCUGGUACUUCAUUCAUCCUUUCUAAUCUUGACAAAUUCAAUCUUACACUCGAUGCUUCAAAAAUUGCCCCUGGCGAAGAAGCACGAGCAAGUUGAUCAAUAAAAGGCAAUGGGACAAGAGGCAAUAAAACAUCAUUUCCAAACACCACCUGAC